GAAGCCAUUGAAAAUAAAACUGUGUACGGGAUGUACUUUGAUAACAUUCGCUUCAAAAUGCAAGUUGGAGAAAAGAGUGCAACCUCCUACGAUCCUAUGCAUUAUAUUUUCAAUCACCUGGACUUUCAUAUCCUUUACUUAGAAAACAAAGUCAAAUACAUAUAUGUUAUUGAUGACUACGAUAUUGCUGAGGAUAUAUCUAAGGACAAGGAAAUCUAUGUCAACUUCACGUAUUCUGUCUCCUGGGAAGAUUUUGAAUAUAUAGAGUUAUAUUUGAACCAACAAAUAAGUAUUCUGUCUUCGGUCAGUGACUCGUCGGAGAAAGUUGGGGGAGACGAUCCUAUGCCUUAUACUACAAAUAUAGUCAUUUGCGCCUGGCUUCUGUUGCUUUGUAUUGUGAUUGUGACAUGCCAUAGAAAGUAUUUUACUCGGAGGAAUGCUUUUCAAGCUGAAAUGAUGACCAAAGCAACAGGGCUUGUUCUUCCAAGUCGUAUUCAUGGCUAUAGGUGCAGGUGUCCUCCGUACUCGUCCCUACUUGGGGCCAUUCUGGGUGUUGGAACUCAACUCUUCAUUAUGAAUUCUAUUUGCAGAGUUUGCAUCCUCUUUGUUUUGGCUGUAUAUACUGGUCGCCAAUAUCCCUGCAAUCAUGAGAGCUUGUAUACUUGGAUCAUCACGAGUUAUGUUCUCACAUCAUUGGUUUCUGGGUACAAGGCUGCUUCAUUCCACUCUAGUUUCACAAGAAGUAGAUGGAGAGAAUGUGUUUUACAAACUGGGGCCCUGUACUUUGUUCCAGUGUUCAUAACAGGUCUUGCCAUAAUUACAUUAAAGGUGAUCACAACAGGGGUGUCACUUCCGCACGAUUGGUAUAAUUAUCUUUGGAAAAUCAUUUCAUUACCCCUCUCUUUCGGAAUCCUUAUUUUGGGUGGCAUAUUGGGGCAGUCUUCCCUAAGAGAAUCUGAAAUAACUUGUUCCACCGUACACUUUCAAAGUGAGAUUCGUAAUCAGGCUUGGUACAUGAAGACACCUGCUCACAUGUUCUUUGGGGGCCUUCUGCCUUUCUGCAUGAUCUUCUUCAUGAUGAAUGAUAUCUAUGCAAGCUUGUACAGUUUGAAAGUCUGUGGUGCAUUUAGUACCAUGUUUACGGCCUUCCUUCUUGUCAUCAUACUGACUGUAUCGGUGGGAAUGGGCUGUACACACUAUCAGCUGUCCAAUCAAGAUAACCAAUGGUGGUGGAGAUCUGUGUUUCGUGGGCGAUCAAUUGCCAUUUUUAUGUUUGUGUAUGGCCUCUAUUUCUAUGCUAGAGCAAGCGCUAGAAUUUCAAUGAACCUGCUACAGUUCCUGGGCUACAAUGCUUGCAUAUUCUAUGCUGUCUUCUUGAUACUUGGAACCAUUGGCUUCUAUGCUUCAUCAAUUAUUUCCAAAAGUGUACACCGAGGUCUAAAAGAGUUGUGACCUGGAAACUCAAUUCAAUAGGAUCUGUGGGAUGAUAUGAGCUGUGCUUUGCUUAGAUAAGUACUGGAAGUUACCCUUGGCAGCUGAGUUGGCAUUAUAGUCAGUCGUUAGUUAGGAUGUGUAUUGGGAAGGGAAUUGUACCAUAAGAAGCCAUAGUUAA